AUGGAGAACAAUCAUCAACAACCCAUGGAGAACAAUCAUCAGCAAUCGGCGGAGCCUCUGUACCCUGGUUACCCCUUACACCAAAUGCUGAUGCUGCAGCAGCAUGAACAGCUGCAGCUGCAGCAGCAGCAGCAGGUGGAAGAGCAAAUGAGGAUUUUCUGGAACUGCCAGCGUGAAGAAAUUGAGGAGCUGGAUGAUUUUAAGCAUCACCAGUUUCCCAUUUCCAGGAUCAAGAGGAUUAUAAAAUCUGAAAACAAUGUCCUCAAGGUGUCUGCUGAAACACCGAUUUUGUUUUCAAAGGCAUGUGAGCUCUUUGUUCUGGAGCUCACUCUUCGUUCCUGGUUUCACGCCCAAGAAAACAACCGUGGGACUCUUAAGAAAACUGACUUCGCUGCCGCUAUUAGGCGGACUGAGAUUUUUGAUUUCCUUGCUGACGUCGUCCCUGCGGAUGAGAUCAAUGAAGUGGCUACUGGUUUUGGGCCUGGCAUGGUGGGCCCCACAGCAGGUGGUGGUUUUCCUUACUUUUAUCCUCCAAUGGGACAGCUUGCUAUUCCUGGGGUGAUGCUAGGAGGGCCUGCUAUGCCUGGGGUGAUGCCAGGAGGGCUUGCUAUGCCUGGGCCGAUGCUAGGAGGGCCUGCUAUGCCUGGGGUGAUGCCGGGAGGGCUUGCUAUGCCUGGGCCGAUGCUAGGAGGGCCUGCUAUGCCUGAGGUGAUGAUAGGAGGGCCUGCUAUGCCUGUGGUUGCUCCUUCAGUGUACGUUCAGCCUCCAUUGCAGGCGUGGCAGCCUGCUGGUGAUAAUUCCAAUGCUGGUGGAGGGAACGGUGGACAGGGUAACUUUGGUCCUUAA